GCUUGUCACAAUAUACAAUGAAUAAAUGACAUAUUGCCUAUUGAGUAUGAGUAUUUUUCAAAAAUUCAUUACAUUAUCCCUUCUGAUUUUCAAUAUUUUGUUCACCUGUGAAAUGUCAUUAACAGAUACAAAUGAAAAUACAAAAUCGUUGAGGAAUACACCGAAAUGUGUAGAAACGUUAGAAUUUACGAAUUGCAAAAAUGGGAGUAAAUUAAUUUAUCGAAACGAAAAUUUGAAAAUAGUAGCCGAAUUGAAGAGGUGCAACGAUAAAAAAUACAAGUUUGAUUAUAGAUUGGUCAACAUUAAAACUGGACGGGCGAGAGAAUAUCAUAAUAAUCCCUCCGGAGCAACUCUAUUUAUAAAUAAAUAUGUUCUGGACGGAGGAGUAUAUAGAGUUGUUCUCAAUGUUUAUACUGUGAAGAAGGAUCUGUCAAUUUACAAAGAUGAUUGUAACUUGACUGUGAAAGUUUCUCCACCAUUUCCAAUGAUACAGGGUGGAUUUCAACGUUAUAUUGGAGAGGGGAGGGAUCUGCUUCUGAAUGCAUCUGGUUGUGUGGACUUCAAUAGUAAAAAUCCUCAUGAUGUAAAAAACUUCGAGUAUAGCUGGAUAUAUGACUGCGAUAGCUGUGGAGGAUUUAUAACAUCGAAAGAGAAAGGUCCUAUUCUUGUUAUUCCUGGUUCAGCACAUAGAAAAGAGAUGAAGUAUUUAAUCAAACUAGGAAUUCGGACCAAAUGGUGGAAGGAAAUGAUUUUCACCAGACAAUUGGUGUAUGUACGGAAAGAAACUCCUGGAAUAGAAAUCAAAUGCGUUGACAAUUGUAACACAGGAAGGAGUGAUCUAACAUUGCUAGUUUUUUGCACCUACCGUUGUCCAACGAACCACUCUUGGACAUGGAACAUCUACAAGGUUCCGAAAGAUGACGAAGCUAUCAUAGAUGGCAAAGAAGACUGGAAAUUGGUGAACUCUCAUACCAGCGCUAUGAAUAUAUUAGAGAUUGAUCGAGAUGAUAAGGAUCCUGAUACUGGCUAUAUGGUGACAGUGUUCUUGAAUGAAUUCAAGAAUAUUAGAGCUUCAUUCAAGUUCAUUACGAUGCCACCAGUGCCCUUUGAUUGUAAUAUAGAUCCUAAUGCUGGAUACAUUUUAGAAACAAAAUUCAAAUUCAAAUGUCAUGGUAAUUGUUCGGAAACACAUUUUUGGGUCACACUAACAGUCGAUGAAGUGAAAGAACAAAUUCUGCAAUACGAUUCUUCAUGGGAAUACUUGUUAUUUACCGUUCCUCGCAUUGGAACAGUUUCUUUACAUUUGACAGAUUAUUCUGGUAAUGAUAUAUAUUUUGAGUAUAAAGCGUCAAAUAAAUUAUUCACGCAACCUGGACUGAAGGGUCCUGACGAACUCGACGCUUUGUACCACAAAGGCGAAGAAUCUUUGGAUAAUCUAUUAGCCGAAAAGGAUUAUAAAGCUGCAUUUGACAGAAUGACUUUAAUUUCUAAAAGUGUUGCUGACCAUCGGGACCAUGGUUCUGGCGAUCCUCAUAAAAUUCAAUCGAUAGCUGAAAAACUCAUCGCUGAUUUGAAAAAAAUUCCAAUGACGAACACUGUACACAUAGAACAAGCUAUAAGCAUAAUGGAUGAUUUGACACGUACGAAAGUUGCCUUCACACCAGAUUAUGUGUCAACUGCCACAUCGUUUUGCAGGAAGCUUGCAUCGAAAUAUAGGAAAUUGGUAAAAGAUACUUUCAAAAGUGGUGCAAUGACUGAUUUGUGGGUACAUACAACUGUGAGUGAGCUGAUGGAAUGUACCUCUGCAGGUAAUCUGCCCAAUAUGUCAGCAAUUGAAGCGAAAUAUGCAAAGAUAGAAGUGACUACCGUCAUGUAUAUCAUUGAGGAGGGAAAUGUGAAUACAGAAGUCUAUGAUGAAUAUAAAGACGAAGCUCAAGCUGUUCGGAAUAAAGAAAUGUAUAAAACCGUAUCCAAAAAUUUUGUGGAUGUAUGCAACUACAAUGGAAGAAUUCUCAUAAGAAGAAUGAAAGGUACUGAUAAAAAAGCCGUAGAUAUGGUGAGAAAUGAGAAUUAUACCAUCUUGGCAGGGUUGAACACAGGUUAUGAAUUGGAAGAGGCACUCGUGCAAGUACAAAGGGUGAAAAUAAGAAUGUCACAGGACCUGGUUGAUAGCGAUGAUAUUCAUGCGAUGAUCCUAUGUGCAACCAAUGAGAAUGUUUUCUGGUGGCAAAAUGAAGUAGAAAUUUUGAGUGACAUCUUAAUUUUUUCCAUCAGAACGGAAACAACGAAAACUUUCAACAAAUUCCAUAAACCAUUUGAACUUACAUUUGAGCUGACUAAAUUACCCACAAUGGUACAUUCCCCCUUAGAAACAUCUGUACAAGUGAAAAAUCUCUGGAGAGCAGCUACAGAUGCUAGUGAGGAACAAUUGUCCAUUUACAUGAUAGCAUUAGAGGCUGGAUAUUCUUUUUUUGUUAAUUUCAUAGAUUUUGAUAGCGAACUCAUGCUGAAUGUUGUAUCGACGACAUUCAGAAGGCCCUUUCUGUCUGAUUUCAAAGACCACAUGCAGAUAAUUACUGAAGAGAGGAGUUACUACGUGAACAAGGAAGUUUACAAUUAUGAUACUUUUCGUUUACUCGCAGUUAUACCAACACCUCCAAAUGAGGAUCGAAGAAACGAAACUUUCGAAUUUAAAAUAAAUGCAUACGCAGGAACAUGUGUAAAAUGGGCAGAAGAGCAAGAUAAGUGGCUUCCUAAAUGCAAGCCUGAAUUUGUUGAUAUUGAAUCAAUUACUUGCAAAUGCAAAAGUUUAUCAACAAUAACUUCAAGUGUCAAAAAUAUUCCUACAAAGCAAUUUGGAGAAUAUAUUCCAUUACCUGUAGUAUUGGAAGAAAAGCUUUUUUACGGAACUUGUAUUAUUAUUGGAUUGAUAUUCUUGGUGUAUUGCAUAUCAAUAUGUUUCGCAAUUAAAGAAGAAGAUUACACACAGCAAGCCAUAUAUCUCCUCAGUGAUGUGGUACGUGAUGACAGAUAUGGAUAUCUAAUCAUAAUAAACACUUCAUUUCGACUUGGUGCAGGAACCACUUCUAAUGUGAUGAUAAGACUGAAAGGAGUUAGAGGUGACAGCGAACCUCAUGUGCUCAACUAUCCCGAUCCACUCAUGUAUAUCUUACAAAGGCAUGGAGAAGACUGGUUCCUCCUAGCCACUAGAGAUAAUCUAGGUAAAAUAACAGAAAUUGAACUCUGGAUUGAUGGAGUUGGAUCAUCGCCAUCUUGGACCUGCAGCACCGUAGCGAUUCUAGAUCUUCAACAUAAGAUAUGGUACCACUUCAGGAUUUCACAAACAUUCAAUAUAUACCCUAAGCCGAAAAUUUACUUGAAAUCACAAUCCAACGAUGAAACAAUGGACCACAGUUCAUCUAUAAAAGUUAUAAUAGAUCUACUCAAGAAAUGCCUGCCUAGUUUCAAAUUAUUCAAUUUCAGCUUAAGACAAACAGAUGAAACAUUGUCAUAUAUUAAGAGACUAACUUUGAUGUUAUCUAUUUUAACUUCUAUAGCUUUAUGGUGCAUAGUCAUUGAAGGUGUUCCAGAAAGAAAUGCAACUGACACAAUUAUGAAAACUUGUACUUAUACAAUCAGCAUUUCUGUACUAAUAAAUGGGAUUAGUGCAAGUAUUACAACUGCUUUUUAUUUUAUUCCAAUCAAAUAUCUCUUUAUGUCGUCUCGAGUGCAAAUUCCCUUCCAUUAUACUUCACAGAGAUCUAAAAAAUCUUUAAUAUUCACUAUAGUCUGUUGGUUGGUAACAAUACUAGUGAUUACUUUCAACUUAACUUAUAUAACGAUCUACUCAGUCUGGAUUCCAGAUAUUAGAGCAAUGUUAUGGAUUACUGAAAUUGCCAUCGGGAUGUUUUUUUUCAUUUUUGUAAUUGACAUGAUCUAUAGCUGCGUUGAGAAGAUACUAUAUGGUGGUAAUCGAAUCAAUAAAUACCUCAAAAGAGCAUUCAGAUUGAUGCUUGAUGAUAUAGAGAACCAACGGACAUUAUUGUAUGAAGUGUACGGAAAAUACCUUCUUAGACCUUACCUGCGUCAUUUGUACACCCCAGUACAUGGAAUGGCACUGAGGAUUUUAUGGCACACUGAGAAGUUGAAAUAUGAGAUAAAAGAGUUGAUCGAACAUUUGAUUAUGUUUGUUAUGUAUACGAGCCUGAUGUACAUGGUCCUCAUGGCCAAUAGGGACUACCGAAGUGUAUAUAGUAACAAACAUGUUAAAAAACUUGUUGAUGGUUCCGCUUCCAAAUCAUUUCCAUUCACUGAUGUGGUCUCUAUCAAAACCUUUGAUGAAUAUGUGGAAGCAACCCUGAUAGAAGCAACACAAUCGAAAGUAUGGUAUGGUACUUACGCAGUAAAAGAUCCAGGAAUGACAGUGGAUUACACAAAUAAAGUGUUGGGCGUAGUUCGCUUGAGGCAGCACAGAUCAAAGGACGACAGCUGUGAAAUACCAGAAGAAAUGCAAUUCCUAAAAUUAUCCUGCAUAGCUGACUACUUCACAAGUCAAUCUUUGAAGAGUUUCGGCGAGAUGUGGAGUGAGAAAAAACCUCCACCAAAGGAAGGAAGAAUGAAGAAUGUAUGGCGGUUCUCUACAAGUAACGAUACUGGUUCGUCCACAUACAUUGGAAAACUAGGAAUAUAUCCUGGUGGGGGAUAUGUCGCAUUUUUGGGGAGAGGUAUGAAGAACUCACUCAUCAACCUAGAAUAUUUGAAAGAUACUGGAUGGUUGGAUAGUAGAACAAGAAGUAUAUUCAUAGAAUUUUUUUUAUACAAUGCAAAUUUCAAUAUCUUCAACGCAGUACAAUAUACAAUUGAAAAAAGUGCUUUGGGAUACUUGAAAAAAGAAGUUAAGGUUGAAACGUCGAAAAUGUUACUCAUGUCGAAUGAAAACAUCAUCGCUGUUCCUAUACUUUUUGGGCUCUUCAUAAUUCUCGUAUUAAUAUUCUCGACAAGAACCGCAAUGAGAAUCAAGAAAACUGGAGUGUGGUAUUUUAAAGAUUUAUGGCAUUUGGUAGAUAUUGCACUAAUAAUUCUCAGUUUGGGAUGUGUGUGUAUGUUCUAUAGAAGAGAGUCAGAGAUCGGACGUCUACUAGCGUCUUUGGAAGGCAUAGAUCCCAAAGAAUUCGUCAAUUAUUUCUCCCUCCUGGAACUAGAGAGUCUUUUCACCGUUUUAUGCACUAUUUUAAUAGCCGUGACCACUAUAAAACUCUGGGGUCUCUUCCGGUUCAUUACAAUAUUCAAGAUAGUUGAGAGGACUCUCAAAACAUCAUUUCUGCCACUUUGUGCGUUAUUCUUAUACAACGCCAUCGUGAUCGUAGCUUUUGCCUUCUUUGGGUUUCUCCUGUUUGUCGACCACUCAUAUAGAUUCGAAGGUUAUUUCAAUACCGUAGAAUUUUUGAUUCUUCUCAAUUUCAAACCUUUCGAAGGCGAGGAGUUGAAGAUGCUGGUAGAGCCUAAACUUGGUUUCGGUUAUGUCUUCUACGUAUUAUACGCAUUAGCAGUGCAACUUUUCAACUGUAUCUUUGCAGCACUCAUUAUUAUUUAUUAUUCGAAAGCUCAAGAGUUUUAUUCGAAUUAUUCAACAGUAUAUUCUGUCCGGACUCAUAUCAAAGAUCAAUCUGCCUUUUACUACAAUUUUUGGAAAACGAGAUUUAAGUCUUUAAGACUUGGUGGUGGUGGUGGAGAUGAAGCUGAAAAGCAUUCUCUGCCAAUUUAUCCGAAGGCCGAUGAAGCCAUGUAUGCCGAAUCAAUGACACUUAGCAUAGAUAAACUGAAAGCAAUGGCCUUUAUAAGUUUGAGCGUCAUCAGAAAUUCAAAUCCAAAACGAAAACCUCUUACUCAAAAAGAUAUUCGUAUUAUGACAUACGCUUUAUACUACUUGAAAAAGAGUAAAGGCCCUUGCUUUGAUGAAGAAGAGACCGAAAGAUUCUUCAAAGGCCAUAUGGGAGGGAAUAAAGUGAAAUUAAUUCACGAGAGUGUUCUCAAGAAAGUUGAAGUAGCAACUUCACUAUUAUUAGGGAAGAGUCUAUCGCAUACUCUCAAAGAGCUGAAUAUCAAUAGUAAUAAGAUUCUAAUGGAAGAAAAUACUCUUCAGUUGAAAAGAAUGCAGGAAAAUUUAUCACAUAUGUUGGAAACUGUAAAUAAAAUCAAUGUAAAAGAAAUUUUUCCUAAACAUGAAUCAAAUGAUUUGGAGGAUGUAUAACUGAUAUUCUCAAAUAUUACAAACAGAAAUAAGUGUAUUAUAUAUUUUUAAAGAAAGGCAAAUGUGUAGGUUAAAUCUAUCCAAUAAAUUAUUUAAGUUUA